CUUCGGAGUGCCUCCGGAGAGGCAGACACUGCGGUGAGGACGCCGCCCGUCGUGCCUCACCUCCUGGUGCAGUUGUCUCGCGUCGUGUCGCGUGCAGUCCGUCUCGUUGUCCCGGGAAAGGAGUGCAGCUCGCGAGUGCCGACGAUGACGGGCAUAGCACCGGGUUCGGACAGGUAGUGAUCGCCUCUCGACGGACGGCCGUCGCGUCGAGCCGACGACGCGAGGAUCCUCGAGCCAUCGGCUUCACGUACACACACACUCGAUCGAUAUCGCCCCACGGGCGAGGCAGCCACGCGGUAUGUCGGGGACCCCGAGGCCCGGGCCCUUAGGGACGCGGGGUCACCCUGGGCCCGUCACGCGGCACCAGGAAAUCGCCAUGAACCCCCGCGCUCUCGCGGUUUCCGGCAACGCCACCGCCCUGCCGCCGCCGACGACGACGACGACGAUGACGACGACGACGACGCUCCUGCCGCCGUCUUCCACUCUCCCGAGGCCGAGUCCCACCGGCACCCUUCAUCCCCAGGUGGACGUCUCGACGCAGGCCGACCUCCACGGCGUCGGAGGGCUGCACGGGGAUUGGGGAGAGCGUCGGGCGACGCCGCUUUAUUCACGUGAGGACAUCAAGGAGCAAUACUGCAUAACGAAUCGGCAGUUGGAUGCCGUCGAGAGGUCCGGGGGCGGGAUAUUCGGGUGCCUCUCUUCGCGGGGCCCGUCGCCUUGCGCCUCGGCGAGGACGUCCCUUCUAUCGGCUUGCGUCCGGGGGGCUCCGAGCGAGGAGAACCUCUUCGACGCGCCGUACCCGAGGACGUUUUACCAUCAGCCCCAUCCGGGGCAGGCGAGGGGCCAGCAGGGCAGGUACGAUACGGACGAGGAGGACUACCCGGACAAUUCCUACUUCCGCCGACGACCGACUUCCUUUUGCACGACUCCUGACCCUAAAAGGUACACGUGGGUACCCGAGGACGAGGAGUCGACGCGACUGGAGGGUCCUCGACCCGUCUUACCGCCCACUCUUACCGCGCCAACUUCGAUCAACCCUCGCCCCGCACCCCAGCAGCCACCACGACCGAAGCACGUCAGCUUCGCGAGGUCCCAUACUCUGACGUCUUUCGAGGUACCACGAUCCAGAAGCCCCCCGAGGUCUCACGAACGUCUCAUUGACUCUCAGCCGACUAUGCAAGGAUCCCUUUCCGCCGUGCUACCCUUGACGCACACCUACGCUAACUCUGGAGACCCUCGUGUUCUGGUACUCGAAAAACCACCGAAACGUGGAGUAAUGAAGACUCAGGCCACACAGACUGAAGUUCCUCAGGGUCUACGAGGGCGAGUGGCUCCCAUAACACUUAGCCCAAGGACGAUUCAUCGGGUGAAGAUGGUCUCUCAGGGUGCUCAGACGAACGGAAUUCUGAAUGGACGUAAACUGACAAAGAGCUACUCGGAGGCCGGUCAGUUAGGAACGCCCUUGGGAGCAACUUCACCCGGCGGUACUCCCAUCAAUGGCAACACAGAUGUCGAGCAUGAACCUCUCCAAAGGACGCAGUCGGAGGAACCUCCGAGGUCACCGUUUUUGGUCAACACUCCACCGACUUCUCUGACGCCGAUCCCUCGCCCCUUGACAGACGACCGGGUGAACGGAGAAUCGGACAACGCGAUGGAACAGGCUGAUCAGAGACUCGUUGACUCCGACAACGAGGAAAUUUUGAUCGACUUUAAACCGGCCCCAAUUUCCCCUCGCACCCGGAGCAGCCUCAGUCAAACGCCGCGGCCAUGCAGGAGGAUAGUGCCGCUGCAAAAGACCCUUUCCGACGGUGAGAUCCAGGUUGAACGGCGAGAGCUGAUAGGGGAGACGAGCGAGCCAAGCUACCCCCACACGUGUAGAAGAAAUCAUCACGAUCCUUGGAGCAAGUCAACUCGAACUCCCAUCCUGUUUUCAUCAACCCCCGACGACCUUGCACUUUUGAGGGCAACACCACCUGGAGAAGAAAAUCACGAUGAGGAAUUUCACGAGAAUUUAAUCAAACGAGGGCUCUUCCGAAAGAGGAGCGUGUCUCUUGAGGAUGGAGUUCAAAAUCUAGGUACAGGGCCAACGGUCACGGGUGAGCCCAUACUACCCAGAUCACUUCCCACUUCACCUACGACACCCACUUUGGUAUCAGGACCUCAGAGGGCGGUGCAAAGUCCCGGUAGCGUGUCAUCGAACCGACACCUCCUUCAUGCGAAACUACCAGUCGGCGUAAUGGGUUCGCCAUUUGCGUCGAGUGACUCUUUGGCGAACGAUGUAACCAGAGACCACAGUGACGGUAUAUGGAACGAAUCUCAGGCUACAGUGUUGCAGGCUGACUCUUUGGCCCUUCUUACGCCUUCCUCCAGAAGAAGACACCUUUUGAUCCUCCAACACCAACAACGAUCUUCCAUGGACACCGAGGCGCUGGACGCCGAAGAUGAAAUGGAAGUGGGCCCACCAAGUCCCAGGAUUCGUUUAGAACCAGCCACCCCAGUCAGCCCCGUCCCAAGCAUCGAUAAUUUCCCGUCGUCCACACGGAACGGCAGACCACGAAGCGGUCUUCGAAGACGAAGUCCGAUACCACCACCCUUGUCUCAACCGCAGUCCCAGUCAUCCAGUGAAUUCGGACUGAGUCUGGUCAGGACGGACUCGGGACGAACGAAUACAGACGUCUCGGAGACGUCAACGACUGAAGAUUAUGUGACGGCAAACACUUCUACGGGGACAUGUACGACGACGGGAAACUCUGGGACCACAAGUUCCCGGUCUCGACACCCUCAGCUUCACUCCGGUGCGGCACCGUCAGCACCAGCCUCAGCUACGGCCACUGCGGCCGAUGGGAGUUCCUUCGAGAGCGCUAGUUCCAUUUACAGUCUAGCGCGAAGUGAGGCCGUCGUCGAAGAGCCUUGCAGUCCACCGGCUAUCAUCGAAGAAUCCGAAGCUUCUCCCGGAAUCGAACCGCCCCCAUCUCCGGCUAGAUCGACGUCGAGCAGUAGCUCCGGUAGCUACGAUCUCGAGGACGCGAUGCCGGAACCUCUUCAAGAUUCUUACCCAACUGCACCUCUCAGUGGUGCUGCCUCUGAAACUGAACCAGACCACGAUGAAGAGCACCGAUCCAGUUCUGGCGGUUACGCAGAGUCACCACCAGAUACUCACCUGUGGUCGGAAGAGGAGAGACGUAGACGCCGAAAAACGUUCACCUUGGACUUUCAGCCAGGCACUGAGGUGGAAAAUGGACGCGUCGACGGAUAUUUGGAGAAUCGGGACGUGAGUCCGACUCCAAGUCACAGGCACAGACUGAGAGGCAAACCGCUGAACACGCGAAGUCCUCACCGGAACAAUAAGAGGAGGGAUUCGGCUCAGCAGCAGCAGAUCAUCAGAAGCCCACAGAAAGACGACUGGCGAGAACCACUCGAAGACGGAACCCACGUCCCUACGUCGGAUGAUUCGAGCUGUAGCCAUCGUCACCACCUUCAUCAUCAUCAUCACCAUCAUCAUAGGGAAAGUAUCGAAGGAGGAAGACACAGGAGAAUGCGGGAGAGUCCGAGAAGAAAAACGGGAGGCUAUAUUUCGUCGCGACGAAAAAGCAACGAGGUAAAUCAUUUUCACGAGAACACUCACCUUCAUGCAAUUGAUUUUCAAUUUCAAUUCAGGACAAAAACGCCGCGUUGA